AUGCAGGCUAAGCCUUCCUCGAAACCUAAGAAUACGGACCCAAAUGUGCUUUUUGACGCAGACGACUUCGACGGCGUGGCACCACCCGAUGAUGAUGAGGAUGAUGAUGACUUUGGCGACUUUGAGACUGGAGACUCAGACUUUCCAAAGCCAGCACCAGUGCCGGCGUCAAAACCAACGCCCGCACCUGCCAUCAUAGACUUGAUGUCGACCGACUACGUGGAGUCGGCUCCGGCACCGGCUAGGAAGCAGCCUCCAACUCAGUUGUUGUCCACGCUCAGUCUAAAUAUCUCUCCCACAUCGCCAUAUCCCAAUGCGCCCAAGUCCCCAUCUUACCAGGAGCGCAACCCCUUUCCAGGCAUGGGAAUUGUCACCCCUGUGUCGGCAGAGUUUCCGAAGGAUGACAAGCUGAAAUCACCCUCCCCGAUUACUGCAUGGCCGAGCAUAGAUAAUCAGCCAUCUGCGGCGGCAAACGAUGACUUUGGUGACGACUGGGGCGCCUUCGAGGAUCUCCCUCCAAAGGCUGCCACUGCCCCAAGCCUACCAAAAGCCAAACCUACAGUCAAGGCCGUCACCAAACCAGCACCCAAACCGGCUCCUGAGCCGGUAGAAUCAACUUGGGAUUGGGACGCAGUCGACCCAGUCGAGUCAUCGACAUCGCAGAUACAGAGUCAAGCCAAGACAGCGACCGCUGUAUCAUCCAUACCAGACUCUGCGCCUCCACCGACCAACAUCCCCCCGCCGUCCAUCCUUCUCUCCAUCUUCCCCUCCCUCCUCUCCCAAGCAUCCACCUCGCUCUUCAAACCCACCGCCUCCCAGCCCGCCUCUGUGCGCACACGCGUCCUCGCCUCGCCCGAGGCGGCCUCCUUCCUGCAGGCCUACCUUCUCCUCGCCACGGUCGCCGCGCGCGUCCUCGCCGGCCGCAAGCUGCGCUGGCACCGCGACAAGUUCCUCGCGCAGGGCAUGUCGAUCAGCGCGGCGGGCGGAAAGGGCGGCAUGAAGCUAGCGGGCGUGGACAAGGCGCAGUCGGCGCGCGAGGACCGCGAGGCCGCGGACGUGGUCGCGUUGUGGCGGGAGAGCGCCGGCCGGCUGCGGAGCGCGGUGGCGGCCGUCAAUGCCGGGCGCAAGGACAAAGGUGGUGAGCCGCCGCUGCACAUGCCGGAGCUCGGGGAGCACCUGGCGGUGCAGACGGCCAAGACGGUGCCGACGGCGCCGAAGCCGUGCGUGGUGUGCGGGCUGAGGCGGGACGAGAGGGUCAAGGGCGUCGACUUUGAGGUCGAGGACAGCUUCGGCGAGUGGUGGGUAGAGCAUUGGGGUCACAGGGCUUGCCGGAACUUUUGGCUGGAGCAUGAGGCUCAGCUACGGUCGAGAUGA